AUGGAAGAUGGGUUGGAAAAGAAAAUCUUGGGCUUUAAGUCAGAGGUUGAUAAAGAUUUUGAGAAGUUUAAAGAUGACGUUAAAGAGACUUUUAAAGAGACAGAGUUUGAGUUAAGUAAGAAGCAAGUGAAGUUUGAAAACAUCAUAAAGGAAAGUGUAGAAUGCUUGGAUAAAAACAUUAAAACCCAAGCUACUGAAUGUAUGAAGGGGAAGGAUGAAAUUAAAGAUUAUUGCAAAGGAAUGUUCCGUGAAUAUAGACAAAAGACUAAGGCAGAAGUGGAAGAUAUUAGAGAGACCACUGCUAAGAUUGAGAAUAGGGAGUUUAGAAAAGACAGUACAGGAGGCCAGGGGGCAAGCGGGCGAGGGGGUGAGGGGGCGAGGAGUCGAGGAGUCGAGGAGUCGAGGGGCCGAGGGGGGCCGAGGAGGGCCGAGGGCGGCCGAGGGGGGCUGAGGGGGGCGCGAGGGGGCCGAGUGGGGGGCGAGGGGGCGAGGGGACGAGGAAGUGAGGAGGCGAGGGGGCGAGAGGCCGAGGGGGCGCGAAGGGGCCGAGGGGGGGCAGGGGGCGAGGGGGCGAGGAGUCGAGGGGGCGAGGGGCCGAGGGGGGCCAAGGGGGGCCGAGGCGGGCCGAGGGGGGCCGAAGGGGCGCGAGGGGGCCGAGGGGGAGCCAGGUGGCGAGGGGGCGAGGGGGCGAGGGGUUGA